UUUAAAUCUCUCUCAUCGACAUUCCAACCUAUACUUUGUCGUUAAAUAUUUAUCACAGGAAACAAAAUAUAAUGAGAUCAUAGAUAUAAAGUACACCAGUAAUAUGCUUAUCAUCAAUAUUAAGCUUCAUUUCCAAAAAUAAAAAAAAAAUCUUUUAGAGAUGGCAAUGUCUGCAGAAGAAGAAAUACCGGCGAUGGCCCAACACUAUUUGGUUUGUGGCACUGAAGACUGUAAGAGGAAUUGUCAGUUCUAUUGCAAUCCUUGUCACCAAAGAUUGUGUGAAAGAUGCAGAGAUGAACAUCAGAAGAGUCCAGAUACCAAGGACCAUGAAGUGGUUCCUUACAAACAACGCAAACCACAACUUCCAGAGGAGAAAUGCAAUCUCCAUCCAAAACGAAAUGUAGAAAUUCUUUGUAAGGAAUGCAAUGUCCCUCUUUGCGCUAAGUGUAUCUUCAUGAAAGAGCACACUGGUCAUCAACUUGACGAUCUGGAAGAAAAAUACGCGGAAAAGGUCGCAUUUUGCAGAUCCGAAAUCUCCAAAAUCCAGGAGUAUUACCUCUCAACAUCACAAGGUUUAAAAAAAGAGAUAAAAGAAGAUGUCAUGGAAAUAAAGAAGACUAUGGACGAGAUAAGAAAUUCCAUAAAGGCUGAAGCGCAGUCUCUGAAAGAGCUUGUGGAUAGGGUCACAUCAGACAAAUUGGAACAAGCAAAUAUAAUGGAAGAAUCACUUCUCAAGACACUAAAAUCGCAGGAAAAAACUUAUGAGGACUACACUGAUUAUCUUGAAAAACUUCUAAAGGAGUUUCACAGCUACAAAUCCAUAACCAAUUUCAGAGUUUUAUUUUCUGAUGAUUUUGAAAAUUUAAAAAUCCAAUCUAUACCAGAGACAGCACAACCAGUUUUACCAGUGUUUACUGCCGGUCAUUUAUACAAAGACGAUGUUUCUAAGUUGCUUGGUAGCGUAAAUUUUCCGAACACCAAACCUGAUAAUAGAAGAAUAAAACCCAUGGAGAAUGCCUCAACACAGUUAAAACUUACAGGGAAACAGACGAGACGAGACGUAGAAAAAUCAGACGUGAAACAAACACUGUCUCUGUCUUCCUCUGUCACCAAGGUCAGGGAGUACACAGUACCAGGUGUUGACAAUGUACAUCAUAUAUCACUAGGUAAAUCAGGCAGACUCUGGGCCAGUGAUGAUGUCGGUAACCUUGUCAAAACAGAUUUACAGGGGAAUCAGCUACAGAAGAUACAAACCAGUGGUGGAGAUGAAGGCUACCACACAGUCACACAGGACGGGGACCUGCUCUAUACAGACAGAGAGUACAAAGUCAUUAAUAGGAUAAAACAAGAUAAUACGAUCACUGAAUUUAUUAAAACAGGGGACUGGAAACCACUCAGCAUACACUCCUCUCACAUCAACGGGGACAUACUGGUGGGGAUGAUAAAGGAUGGAGAGGCUAAAGUCACCAGGUACAACAAGACAGGAGAAGAAAUACAGAACAUACAGAGGGACAACAGAGGACAGGGACUGUAUAAUUAUCCACACUACAUCACAGAAAACAUCAAUGGUGAUAUCUGUACAUCAGACUUUAACAAGGAAGCUGUAGUGGUAGUAAAUAAAUCAGGACAACACAGAUUUUACUACACAGGUCAAGGGUCAAAGUUUUACCCCUAUGGUAUCUGUACUGAUCUCCUUGGUCACAUCAUUGUCUGUAACGGUUAUGCUGGCAAUAAUUCACUUGACAUCAUUGAUCAGGACGGUCGUUUCUUGUCUCUACUACUCACACCACAACAAGGGAUACAUCCCCGUGGUGUAUGUGUCGAUGACGAGAACAAUCUCCAUGUGGAACAAUAUAUCACCAACACAGUGACAGUGUACAAGUAUCUACAGUAAAUCUUCAACGUAAAGAUUUAUGUCAGCCGUCAUUCAACAGCAUUUGUAUAUAAGACAUUUAUUUUGUCUUCGAUCUGAAUCAUUGGGAAUGUUUUAUCAACAUGCGUGUAGUAAAAUGCAUUUGCUAUAACACUAAAUAAACUGAAAACAAGAAAACUACCACCAAUGUUCAUGAAUACGCCUGCCAUGGCGUGAAUUUUUGUAUAUUUUUAAAGUACAUUCAUGCGGGAUAUGAAGGUAGCGACAUUGCAGGAAAAAUACAUAACCCGCGUUAGCGGCCGGUUAUGUAAAUUUUUCCUGCAAUGAUUGCUACCUUCAUAACCCGCAUGAAUCAUCAAAGAAAGCAUUUUAUUAUUUAUAUUUUAAACAUCUUUCUUUUAACUUAUUACUAAAUUGAUUAUGAAAAGUUAGUAAAAUUCACUAAAUUACUAUUAACGUACAUAUAUAAGUAAGUAAGCUAAAAGAAACAGCCAAAUCGUCUCCUGUGAAACUUUGAGUCUGGCAUCAUCAUGAUCAUUUCGUCCAGUCCGUGAUUUUACUUUGGUCGCUGUAAGUUCAAACCAAUCGAUGAACAGGGCGUGUCAAUUUCAGUCCCGUCACUUUCAGCCGCUGUAGAUUUCGACCAAUCGAUAAAUGGGGCGUGUAGAUUUCAGUCUGGCUGUUUCUAUACAGCAACUUUCCGUAAGAAACAGAGGAAAUUAUACUUGGUAGUUGUAAAUAUCGUACAGUGAGUCUUCCUCGCUCGUCGUCCGAGUGUUUGAAC